UAGCUCUGUCCAGUUACCAGCAUGUGCUAGUCCUGAGGUGGAUUUUGGUCCAAGGGGGUAAGACACAGAGAGCUGGAGAUUAAGCUAUAACACUCAGCGACUACAACUUUAAAACAAAAGUCAGUACAAUGGCAGGACUAAAGUACAUGAGUGGUUUUGGGAAUGAGUUCUCCUCUGAAGACCCGCGUUGCCCUGGAUCCUUACCCGAAGGACAGAACAGUCCUCAGGUCUGCCCGUACGGCCUGUAUGCUGAGCAGCUGUCUGGCUCUGCCUUCACCUGUCCUCGUCCAGCCAACAAGCGGAGCUGGUUGUACCGGAUCCUCCCGUCUGUAAAACACAAGCCUUUCACUGCUGUGCCGUGUGGGGAUCUGACCGCAAACUGGAAUGAAGUGGAGCCAGAUCCAAACCAGCUGCGAUGGCUUCCAUUCACCAUCCCCAAAUCUACUGAGAAGAAAGUGGACUUUGUGGCUGGACUUCAUACAAUCUGCGGAGCAGGAGAUGCCAAAACCCGCAAUGGGAUCGGCAUCCACGUGUACACUUGCAACACUUCCAUGGUUAACAGGUGCUUCAACAACUCAGACGGAGACUUUCUGAUUGUGCCCCAGCAGGGCGACAUCCUGAUCACCACAGAGUUCGGGAAGAUGAUGGUCGAGCCCAACGAGAUCUGUGUGGUCCAGCAAGGGAUGCGCUUCAGCGUGGAUGUGUUUGGAGAAACCAGAGGCUACAUCCUCGAGGUGUAUGGCGCCCACUUUGAGCUGCCUGACCUGGGGCCUAUAGGAGCCAACGGUCUGGCGAACCCAAGAGAUUUCCUGUGUCCAGUGGCUUGGUACGAGGACCGCCAAGUGCCCUCUGGUUACACCGUCAUCAACAAGUACCAAGGAAAGCUGUUUUCCUGCCAGCAGGAUUUCUCUCCGUUCAAUGUGGUCGCCUGGCAUGGGAACUACACGCCAUACAAAUACAACUUGAAGAACUUCAUGGUGAUCAACUGCGUGGCCUUUGACCAUGCGGAUCCAUCUAUCUUCACCGUGCUGACCGCCAAAUCCACAAAACCAGGGGUGGCCAUUGCUGACUUUGUCAUCUUCCCACCAAGAUGGGGUGUAGCGGACAACACCUUCCGCCCACCGUACUACCACCGUAACUGCAUGAGUGAGUUCAUGGGCCUGAUCACAGGCCACUAUGAGGCCAAAGAGGAGGGUUUCCUGCCAGGGGGAGGCAGCCUGCACAGCAUGAUGACCCCCCACGGCCCGGACGCUGACUGCUUUGAGAAGAACACCACGGCUGAGCUGAAACCAGAGAGGGUGGCUGAAGAAACCAUGGCAUUCAUGUUUGAGUCCUGCUUCAGUAUGGCUGUGACCAAGUGGGGUCUGCAGACAUGCCAGAGACUGGACAAGAGUUACUACCAGUGCUGGGAAACCCUGCGCAGCCACUUUAACCCCAACUGGAGGCCGAGCAAGCAGUAACAAGAGAAAAAAAAAAAAGCACCCUGGACAGAGGCUGGAUCGAUAUACAGAAACAGAUGACUUAAAAAAUUAAAAAUGGUUUAU